GCCCGGGCGAGGGAGCAUCAUGGAAAGCUGGACCUGAAAGCCCUCCUUAUCAAACCCGUUCAGCGCUUCCCACAGUUCGAGCUGUUGAUGAAGCGUCUGCUAAAGCACACGAGUCGUGACCACCCUGACCACGCCCUCUUGACCGAAGCCAUCGUCAUGGUGCUGCAGAUCGCCUCCAGGAUCAACGCUUCCGAGCAGGAGGCGCUGCAGCUGGAGCAGCAGCAGCUCUUGCUGAAGGAGCUCGAGAAUACCAUCGAGGGCUUGGACGGUCUGGUGCAGCCUGAUAGGACGUACCUCCGCCAUGACCUUGUGACGAUGCACUCGGGUCUUGGCACGAGGAAGGAACGCUGCCUCUUCCUCUUCUCGGAUCUCCUGGUCAUCGCCGCUACCAAGAGACGCUCCGGCACCAUCAGGAAAGGUUCUAGUCUGCAGUUCACCGUCCUGAGUUCCCUUGAGGCCAAUAAGUUCAAGUUAUUCAAAUUCAUUCCACUGGAUGACCUGGAAAUUGCUAGGUCGCGCGACGAGAGCGUCAAAAAGCUAGUGCGGGAGAAGGAGACGCUGGAGGAGGACCUGCAGACGCUGCAGCAGAUCUCAAAACUCACCAAGAACCUUCGGUGUCCUCACGUGACCAUCGAGGAGUCGGUGCAGGAGACGCUGGCCACCGUGCAGAAGCAGCUGGCGGAGCGACACGGCGCCGACUCCCAGCCCAUGGAGCUCGAACUCACCAUCAGCACGCAAGAAGGGAUGGAAAACCUGGUGUUCCUGUUCAACAGUGUGGAGAAGAGAGCUAUGUGGGAGGAAGCUUUUAAUGAUGCUAAACACAAAUUAGCUAUGUCAGCAGAUCGUAGGCCUCCUCCUGAGUUUGUUUCUGCGCUGCCUAUUAGGAAGACCCGAGCUGGUCUGCAGUUCACUUGUGCUGCUGCCACAUUGGGCCUUAAUGCUCACAAUCUUAGAGACGUUUGGGUUUGUAACAGUGAUGGCUAUGUAGGGCAGGUCUGUGUACUAAGUUUACAGCCAGAUCCAACAGUAGCGUGCUGUAAUGGAGUAUGUAAUGCAAGAAUCCUUUCCAUAGCAUCUAUCCCAGCAGCUCCUCACCCAGAAUCUAGUGAUGAUGAUGAGGAUGAAGAAAGCCCCACUGAAGAUGCUCUAAGAACGAGGAGGAGCGAGUCCCUCCCCCCAGAGAUGGGAAGCGAUGACUCUGACAACCAACAGCCUACCAUGUGGCUUGGGACCGAGGAUGGGUUUAUCCACGUGUAUAACUGCUCCGACACGAUAAGAAUUAAGAAGAACAAAUUCAAGUUUCAACCAGGCUCUCCUGUUCACUGUAUUAUACACCUAGACACUCGAGUCUUUGCAUCCUUAGCAAAUGGAGACAUUAUUGUCUAUCGGAGAGAUGUAUCUGGAGGAUGGAAUGUUGCAGAUAGACAGGUAGUGAGCAUUAGCACAGCUGCGGCACCUGUGACCAAGAUGAUGGCAGUUGCAGGGAAACUGUGGUGUGCAGCCAUGAAUACUGUCAGGGUCCUCAACACAGGCUCACUCCAAGUAGAGCACUCAUUUGUAGUCGGUGGAGAGAACGGCAGAGGGGUGUCAUGCAUGGUGUCAGCCGGCCAUGGGGUGUGGAUAUCAGUACUCAAUUCAGCUGCAGUGAGACUAUACCAUGCAGUCACUUAUGAGUAUUUGCGUGAAGUAAAUGUAGCUCAGGCAGUCACCAAAAUGCUUGCAGGUUGUGAUGACAUUAUUAGACAACACAAGGCUGCGUGCUUAAGAGUGACAUCACUACUAGCUUGCAAAGAUCUCCUCUGGGUGGGGACAAGUGCAGGUGUUAUUAUCACAGUACCUCUGCCUCACCUAGCCCUUAAUACUAACCGAGUUCAGGCUCCUCUCAAUAUGGUCGGGAUACCGUACGGCCAUACUGGCCAUGUUAGAUUUUUAACAAGUGUGGAACUGACUCCUGAACCUCGAACUUCUCGCCUUAAAGGACAUCAUAGAUACUCUUUCAAGGGCAAAGAUCACCCUCAUCACCAGCCAGGCACUGCAGCACCUGCAAAGCUGUUAGUAAUAUCUGGUGGUGAUGGCUAUGAAGAUUUCCGCAACUCGGGGAUGUCAGAACUUGCAGGUCGUGAUGACUCAACCAACCACUUAUUGCUGUGGCAGGUCUGAAUUUAGUCUGAUAGACUAUUUUAUAACAUAAAUCUAACAGUGACUUAUCUAAAGAGACUGGCCUGAAAAACUUGUCUCUAGAGGAUUCAUCAGUGACAUUUUGAAAGGUGUCUGCUGCAUAUCCCAAUGAAGAGAGCCAGCUUGUCUGUGACCUUCAGGAAAAACAAAGGAUGAAAAUGGAUGGCCUUGCUAAAGAUGACCUUAAAAAUCUAUUUUAGCAGAAAUAAAGAGAUAUGUAUCAGGGUAUUCUUUAAUGGAGGUAUCCUAACUGUACUCAUAAGAAAUGGCCAACUUUGAGGGAUCUGUCUGGACUUAUUAUACAUAUCUCUAUACUUAUCUUGAUGAAUAAGCCUGAGUUCUUGCUCUUCAAGUUGACAGUAGAGGAAGACCUGUAUUAGACAUCUAAAAUAAAAUAAACAAAUAUAUAUAUAUAUAUGUAUAUGAUGUUGUACCACACAAUUCUAAUUCCAAGCAGGUCCUUCAAAAUAUAAGUGACCAUAAAUGUGCUGCUGCAACGUACUUCCACUUUAAAAAAAAAAUUGCAUUGUGAACUUAGAACAUGUGAGCUGUGUGGAACUCAGCUUGAAGACCUGGUGGGGGUGCAGUGUGGGUUACAAAAUGCCCUUAAGAAGUGCCAGAUAUCCUGCAGAUAAAUUAUCUGUCAAAAGUUAAUAGAAAGGAUGGUAUUUUCUAACUCUGUCAUAAUUCUCAGAUUGAUUAAAUACUUGCAUUUCAUCCUAGCUUAAUGUUUUUUGCAAGAAUUCUUGCUGCCUAGUAUGAAUGUGCAAAUUUGAAACUUUGCAUUUAUUUCAUGCUAAUUUACAACUUACUCUUAGUCUUUAUUUAUCCUUAUUUAUUACAAAUAUCAGAAUCUUCAAAACAAACUGCCAUUGCAUUCAUUAACCCUGGUAAUGCCUGCCUUAGUAAAUGACAGACUAUGUGAUAUGAUACAUGAGUGCUUAGUGAUAAUUCAAUUUCCUCUUUCCAACAACGAAGUUUCUGCCUCGGCCAGAGAUUCUUUUGAUUUGCAGUUUCAUUGCAUGUGAUAGCAAAGCAUCAAGUCCCCUAUAAGGGUGAUAUGGGGUAAAAAAUGUCUUUAUCAUCUCUGGUUCUAUUAUUUCCAAGCUUGGGUAUUACUAUUCAUGUUCAGAGUAAUUUUAAACUUGUUAGGAAUUAAAAAAGAAAAGCUAUCAGUUAAAGAAAUAUAUUGUUUAAUUACAAAGUAGAACUUGUCCUCUUGCUAAAAACAGUGGGACAUUCUAACACAUGUGGUUACUUCCUCAAUAUAGGUUUCUCUGUAUAGUGAAGCAGUGUCAGCACUCUAUCACAACAGCAUAGUUAAUAAUGGCAAAAACUCCUGUGCCAAAUUAUAGCAUCAACCUGUAGCCUAUGAAUUCUUGUGAAUAACAACCUUAGGAAACAAUGAGGUACUUGUAAGCAGGAAACUGGAUGUCAGUUAUUUAACAGAAUUUUUACUAGUCAUACAUUAAUGGAUGGUGAUGUUUACACUGUAAGUAGCCCUGACAUCAGGAUACUUUUAUGUGAAAGAAAAUGAUGGAUGUACACUCACUGUGGGUUUAGAUACUUCAGGAAAGAUAAAGGAAUUUAAGGAUAUAAAGAUCCUUACAAAUAAAACCAUCUUGUACUGCUUGGGAGGUAGGCAAUAUAUAGGAUAUUUCUCUCUCUCUCUCUCUCUCUCUCUCUCUCUCUCUCUCUCUCUCUCUCUCUCUCUCUCUCUCUCUCUCUCUCUCUCUCUCUCUCUCUCUCUCUCUCUCUCUCUCUCUCUCUCUCUCUCUCUCUCUCUCUCUCUCUCUCUCUCUCUCUCUCUCUCUCUCUCUCUCAAGUUGUGGAUGUGACUGUAACUAUGAGUGUCUAUGGUCUUAUACAUGUAUAUUUAGUACUUAUAUUAUUUUCAUAUUGCAUAUUCACUUAUAUUACAUAAUUUAGCAAAGGCUAAGUUAAUGGAAUACUUUACUCACGUGUAAUGUUCUUUGUGUUUGAUGACAUUUCAGUCCAAGUAUUUUUCUAUAAGUUAUUUAUGUCACUUCAUUUCAUAUAUGUCUCUUUAGUGCUGAAUGCCACAGUAAGUCUUAACAUUUACAAUAUCUGCAUGAUUGCUGACUGUACUUUAAUUUGUGGAAACUGGUUAUAAGAAGACCCUUUGGAUUAUAGAUCCUUAUAGGAAAUAUACAGAUUAUAUAUAAGUGUGUGUGUGUGUGUGUGUGUGUGUGUGUGUGUGUGUGUGUGUGUGUGUGUGUGUGUGUGUGUGUGUGUGUGUGUGUGUGUGUGUGUGUUGAAAUAUAUUUACGUAUGUGUGUAUGUGAUACAACUAUAAUUUGCCUACCUAGCAAGGAUGUAAGAUUAUGUACUAUAUUAUCUUUCCUAAAGGGAACACUUGCCAAGUUAAGAUAUCAAUGGAAAACGGUACUGUGUUUAUGCUGCCUACUUGUUAUAAUAAAAUUAUGUGAAAUUUUAUUUUCUUAGUAAUAUCUGAAUUGUGGAUACAAAUAUAAAAAAAAGAAAAAAAAAUAUUACCACUUAUGAUUUAGUCACUAAGAUCAGUGAUUGUGACAUAGAUCUAUGUUAUCUUCAUUACAAUUAAUUAUUUUCAAGUUCAUUAUUGAUGCAACAAUUGUGUGAAAUAGCACGUGAUGGGAUCUUAUGUUAUCAAUCAAUGAUAUUGUUUCUCUCAGGUCACAUGCAGUAAUCCGUCAUUACUACUUAUUAGAUGAGGUCUCUUUUAUUUAGCAUGGACUUAUCUCUCAUAGAGAUUUCUGCACAUAUUUAUCAAAGGAUGUAGCACAAUGCAAGUUUACCAUGAAAUCCCUUACAUAGUAUUAAUUUAAUGUUGUAAUGCUUUUGCCAAUUCUGAUACUAAUGCAACACUAUUUCAUCUGCUAAAGUGCAUUAUCAAUUCAGAACAGUGAAACAUAUCUAAUACUUGAAAUAAAAAAAAUGAUCCAUGUCCUUUAACUUAUUUUGAAGAGAGUGCUGUACAUUUAGUUAUCUAAGUAUACCCGCUUACUUUGAAAGCAUUAAUGUACAAUUCAGAAUACACCCAAAGACUGUACUUUGGGAUUUUGUAUUCCAAGGGAUUCUCCAACAUCUCAAAGGAAUUGACACAAGUAUGGUGACCCAUUUGGCUGUGGUAGGAUGGAUACAUGUCAUUGUGACCUGAUCUCAGAAGGUCCACAGAAAAGUGACACUAUGCAGAUACUUGCUGUAAGGUGGAGUUUAGUACAGCAAAACCAAGAGAGCAACCUACCUUAUGGUAAUUAGAAGGUAGUGUCAUCUACUACUGUUCCACUGAGUUUGCCUGCCAGAGUUUCCAGGCGUCUCUGUUCCCUGAGUUGGCAAACAUUGCUGAUGUCCUUGCCCCAUUACUGUCUUUGUUUAUCUUCUGCUGUAUUUAUGAGUUGACCAAACUACUAAGAUAUUAAUAAAUUUUAGUAAAAAAUUGAA